GAGCAAGAUGGACGCGCCCUGGCAAAUCCAAAACGUAUACACUGUAAAAUUGUAGCUACGUGCAAAUCACAAAUCACACUUACAUUGUAACUUAAUUAUUUAUAAAACAAGUAGAGUGUUGUUGUUGUUGUUACAGAUAUAGAUACUUGUAAACACAAACGAGCAGGUUCAGUCAUACCCGUAAUGUAUUUACUAAAUUAAUAUGGAGAACCACUGCCACUGCCACAGUGAAAUUACAAACGUUGCAAAAAACACACUGGAGGAACUAAGUGAUACAAGUCUCGUGAAAAAUACGGAGCCUGACGACAAAACUACUGACACAGCUCGUAUUAGCAGGUGUUUAGAAAAACAUGACAUUGAAAAAGACAUGAGUACGAUACCGGUUAGUGAGCAAGCGCAUCACGGAGGCCAAACCCACGACGUCCCGGCGAGUGCAAACACAGACAGUGCACGGCCAGAUGAUGAUGGAAAUCGGACGUUAGCACACGAUUUAGGUAACAGUGCAAGCAAACUAGAUACUGAACAGCAGUGUCAUCACAGCUGUGAAGGAAGUGCAGAACAGGCAGAGACAGCACAGACCUCCGUGAGUAACACGGAGGCCGAGUCGACGCAGGUUGACAGCGAGAGCAAGUUGGAGGCGAGUAGCGACUAUAAGCAUGGAGCCAUGUUUGACUCGCUUCACGGCUUCGAUGAGAUAACGGAUGAGGACAACGAUACAGACAGCCAGGACUCUGUGUUCAUCACUCACAACCCCGCGUUCAUAUCCAGUGUCACUAGCUGGACGUCAGAAUUUCAGGACGACGUCAUGGCGCAGUCACAGCAGCAGAUGACCGACAGCACAGCAUCCCUGGGCAGUGCGGCUGGACCGACCACGACCCUGAUCGAACCACAGACUGGCGCUAAACCAAAAAUCGUGUCAGGCUCACCGAAACAUGGUGCAUCGAAGCGAGGGGCCGUUUCUCCGAAAUUGCGGCGGGCAGCCAAGCGGCCCGAAACUCUUUCCCUCCCAAGACCUGUAGUGAUGCUUGACAAAAAGGCAGGCAAGGGUGAAGGGAAGAGAGAUGAUCAGUCACCUCUAGAUGGAAUGAUAGAGAAAGAAGGAGACCUCAUAUCGUUUAUUGCCAAUGAUCUGGAGGAGAAAAUCAAGAUGAGUAGUCCUCUAUUGAAGCAAGAAGAGAUCAGCUUUGCUCAGCCCCCGAGCAGCAGCAGCAGCACCCGGAGUGAGAUGAAUGCUGGCAUUCCUAUCAUUGACCCGCAGGCGGUCGUCGACCUUGAACUUCAGGCACAUCGUGUAGCUGACAGUUUACACUUUAUGAUGGAAAACCUUAGUGCCAAAUUGCACAGUAUGUCCGCACUCACGGUUGCCUGCAUGCAAACAUACCGAGACUCUGUCAGCUCAACUUGCGACAACUUUGACGCAACCAUUAAGGCUAUGUAUACUCUUAUGGCACGAUGUGAAGAGUUAGGCAAAACGAUGGGUCCAGUCUACGAUCUCAGGAAUCAAAUCAAGGAAAUCAGACGGCUGUUGGACUUGUUUGAAUCAAAAGUCGCAGAGGAUCCAUUGCUGAAGUAGCAUCAUCUGAAAAAAAUGAUGAUCAAUACCAUCAGAAAUUAUUAUUUAAUGUCAACCACAAUGAUGAAUUUUGAAACCUAAUGAAAUUAUAUCGUAUUAUCACUGUGUCGCACUGUCUAUAUUGUAUAUUAUUAUGAUGACUGUUAUUUGUCUGCUAUUGCUGUUAGUCACAAACCUGUCAGUCACGUUUCCACAGCUAAAUCAUUGAAUUUACACGUAAAAGCAUGCAAAGCCAAUGGAACUGUUGAAUCACCGAUUUCAUUGACAAUUUCAAUGUCAUGUUAUUUUCAGCCGAUCAACUAGUGCCAAAUGCAACUUCAUUGCAUUCGCACUAGAAAAAUGGCAGUUGUCAACAUAUUAUUUGCAGAAUUUUAUGUAUAUAUAUGUCAUGUGAUUUAUAACAUACAAAAUAUGCAUUGUCAUAUUGAGCCGCAGAGCGUCUGGGCUCAUCUGAGGUCUGUUGCUACGGUUAUAAACGUAACAUUUAAGUCGUGCGUAGU